CCGGCCCCUCACGAUGGCGGCGCCGGGCCCGGCGGGCGGCGUGGCCGGGCCGGAGGUGCCCGAGGCCGAGCGGCGAUUCCUGAGGCAGCACCCGCUGCUCAGCCCCGCGGGGCCCGGCAAGGUGAGAUGCAGGCUGACAGGACACGAGAUGCCGUGUCGGCUGUCGGAGCUGCAGGCUUACACCAGUGGCAAGAAGUAUCAGCGGCUCGUAAAGACAGCCAAGGAAUUUGACUACAGCACGUUUGAGCCCCACAUAGUGCCCAGCACAAAGAAUUUACACCAGCUGUUCUGCAAGCUCACCCUCAGACACAUCAACAAGUUCCCAGAGCACGUGCUGCGUCACGUCCAAGGGAAGCGCUACCAGAAGGCCCUAAAAACCUAUGAGGAAUGCCAGAGGGAAGGAGUGGAGUAUGUCCCUGCCUGCCUGCGACAGAAGCAGCAGCGGGCACAGCAUCCUGAUGACCAAAUGAAUGGGAGCAGAAAACCUCACAGGAAAGAGGAAUUCUGGGAGCCAAAGUCCAGUGAUGAGGAUGGAGAGGAGACAGACGACAGCAUGAGUGACCUGUACCCACCUGCGCUCUUCCCAGAAAAAAGCCCAUCAGCUGCACAAACCACAAAGGGCAGCGAUGACUUUGCGACAGACAGCGAGGAUGACGGGGCCAAGCAGAACGGGGAGGACGGUGGAAGGAUGGAUGUCAGCAGAGCCGUUGGCAACAAGAGAGGAAAGAAACAGUUGGGCCCUUUGAAGAAGAAAUUCAAGAGCCAUCAUCGAAAACCCAAGAACUUCAAGAAGGCAACCAAUGGGAAAUAAAUGUUAUGAUAAAUACAUGG